AUGGAAUCCGCUCAAACAAUGACAGAGAAGAAUAAAAACACUUUAGGUAAAAGGAAAAAGCCAGAUAGAGAUGCAGUGUUAACUUCAGAUAGAGAUGAAAGCUUAUGCAACUACGACGAUUGGGCCACAAGAGGCGGCCUGGUGAAGACGGAUUGGACUCAGGCGCCGUUCUCAUCGUCUUAUCGGAAUUACGACGCCACUGCCUGCGUUUGGUCGGCUUCUGCAUGUAAGUCGUCUUGUAACGACUAUACAUUGAAAUCGCAGUCCGGCGAUGGCGGCGGCGAUGGGUGGCUGAAUGAAGAGCUGGAUAGUAGUAGUGAAGAGAGUCUAAAAUGGGUAUAA